AUGUCCCUGCUAGUGAGAGCCAUUGUUGGCCUGCUUGGCCUUGUCAUUCUCAGGUCCUUCUUAACCCGCAAAAGGUUUCCGGCCCCACUCCCUCCGGGCCCGAAGCCAAAGCCGAUCAUCGGGAACCUGUUCGACCUACCGGCCAAUGGAGAAGCAGAUUGGCUGCAUUGGUACAAGCACAAGAAGACAUAUGGCCCCAUCAGCUCGGUACAGGUCUUUGGAGAGACCCUCAUAAUCAUUAACGAUGCCCGGAUUGCGGUUGAGUUGUUGGAGAAGCGUUCAGCUACACACUCAGACCGACCUAGCUUGACAUUUAUCGAGAUUUUUGCAGCCACCGCCCCCCAGGACCGGUUAAUUCGCUGCUAA